UGAAAUUUCCUCUCAUCUAUGUCUCUCUCUCUCUCUCUCUCUCUCUCUCUCUCUCUCUCAUUUGUAUUUAUUUAUCAGUUUAGCCAAGGGUAAAGGGAAGAAAGAAACAAAGAAAAAGUUUCUGCAUUUGGUGGUGAAAGCAGAGUUCUCAACGCCCAAGUGUACACUUUCUGGCUUGUUAUUGUUUAACCAAGGACAAAGAGAAGAAAGAAACAAAGAAAAAGGCAAGUUUAGUCUGCAUUUGGUGGUGAAAGCAGAGUUCUCAACCCAAGUGUACACUUUCUGGUUGUUGGUGAGAUGUCAACGCCUGUCUCCGUCAGCAAUCUUUCGGCCAACUUCUCCAACCCUCCCCCGCCCGACAUCUCCAGCAACGCUGGGACAAUAGCUGCUGUUACAGGCAUAAUAAUGUCUGUAGUAGUACUUGCAGUCAUUGUCGUUAUCUCAUUGGCAUGGGCUAGGAGAAGAAGAAGGAGAAAAAGAGCAAUUGGUCCAGAAUUGCCAACAACUGUGGCUCCACCACAGACCUUGAAUGUGGUUCCAGUUUGGGAAAUCGAAGCGCCAACAAUGGAGAGUAUCGUCCAAGACUUGGCAAAGAAGAAACCGGUUAGAUUCAAAGCCCAACAACUAUGUAGUUUCACAACUAAUUAUUCUACAAGGUUGGGUUCCGGAGGUUUUGGGAUUGUUUACAAGGGUCAAUUUCCAAAUGGAGUUAAGAUCGCAGUUAAGGUCCUCAAUAGGAAAUCGAAUAAUAGAGGAGCAGAGGAACAAUUCAUGGCAGAGGUGAGCACUAUUGGAAGAACAUACCAUAUAAAUUUAGUCAGGCUAUACGGUUUUUGCCACGACAACUUUAUGAGCGCAUUGGUGUACGAGUACAUGGAAAAUCGAUCACUAGAUAAACACCUUUUCAGUGAUACACAAGCAAUUGAGCGAGAGAAGCUGCAUGAGAUAGCGAUUGGGAUAGCAAAAGGUAUCGCUUACCUACACGAAGAGUGUCAACCGAGGGUCAUUCACUAUGACAUAAAGCCCGGUAAUGUUUUGUUAGAUGCCAAUUUUUCUCCCAAAGUUGCUGAUUUCGGGCUAGCAAAGCUUUGCAAUAGAGACGACACACAUGACUCUCCCGAAGGAUAUAGAGGGACUCCUGGUUACUCAGCCCCAGAGUUUCUUCUCAAGAACUAUCCCAUUACAGAUAAAUGUGAUGUUUAUAGUUUUGGUAUGCUUUUGUUUGAGAUAGUAGGGAGGAGGAGGAAUACCAAAGUUGGACCUGAUGAGAGCUUGGAUUGGUUCCCAAAACAAGUAUGGAAUGAGUUUGAGAAAGGCAAGUUAGGAGAGAUGGCAUUGUUGUCGUGUGGAAUCAAAGAGAACAACAGAGAGAAAGCUGAGAGAAUGGCAAUGGUAGCUUUGUGGUGUGUUCAAGAAUUGCCCCAUGCUAGGCCGCCGAUGAGUGUUGUAGUGAAAAUGUUGGAGGGAGAAGUGGAGGUGAAGCCACCUCCUAGACCAUUUAAUUAUUUGUAUUCAGACUAUGCAAGCAGUGAAGAAACUAAUACAUAUUUGUACAAGGACACCACUUCCAUCAUGGCUAAUUCAAAGAUACAAAUGGCCAGUUCAAGCUAAAGAAUGAGAAACCUUUGAAAUUUGUACCCUAAAGAAAAUAAAUGCCUUCAUUUUUUCUUUUUCGUGGUCCGUCUUUAAUAAGCAUCUAUGAGAUGCAAUAUUACUGUAUGUAAUUUGUACCCUAAAGUAAAAUGCUUGACUUUUUUUAGUUUGUUUGUCUUUAGGAAAAUGCUACAUUAGUGAGACUAUCAAA